UUUAUCUGCCUGGCCGCGCUGUUAGUAAUGUCUGGCGGGGGUCGGUGUGCGUAGUGACGUAACCCGGAGCGGUUGUGGGGAGGAACGUGUAACGAGGUCUGGGCGGAGAUGGCGGACCCUGAGCUGGAAGCGAUAAGAAAGCAACGACUGUCGGAGCUACAGGGGAGACAUGGGGAAGGUGGAGGUGAACAAGCUCAGCAAGAAGCUAAACAAAGAGAAGAUGAAAUGCGAAAUAACAUUUUAUCCCAGGUCCUCAGCCAGGCCGCUCGGGCACGGUUGAACAACCUUGCCUUGGUGAAGCCUGAGAAAGCCAAAGCUGUAGAAGGUUACCUUAUACAGAUGGCAAGAUUUGGCCAGCUUGGUGGGAAGUUAUCUGAAGAGGGUCUAAUAGAGAUUUUGGAAAAAGUGAGUCAGCAGACGGACAAGAAGACCACGGUAAAGUUCAAUCGAAGGAAAGUGAUGGACUCUGACGAGGAGGACGACUACUGAGGGCAACGUGAUUGGCUGCAAGCACUUGUUUUUACAACGCAUGCAUUGUACAAGAAAGGCACGGAGUAAUCUUCCACAAUUACCCAAAAAAGACAUUAUCAUGUGUAUUCUGGGUUUUCUUUUUUUUAAACAGUUCCUAUUCAAAGUGGCACACAUCAAUCUGGCGAGAUGCAAUGGGUUGUGCUGCAAAGUUUACAAACUGUUACAUAGAAUGAGGUUUUUUUUUUUCUCUAGAAAAAUGUCCCUCCUGCCCCCCCUUCCUCCAGUAAAUUAUUGAACUCUCUAUCUUUUAAGAAUUUGACUCCUUUCAAUUCCUGUUCAGACCAUAAAAGUGUUUCUUUUUUAUGAGACCUCUGAUUGUGACAGUGAAGAAUUGUGCCAUUGCUUACUGAAAAAUAAUAAAAUAAAACUUCUUUUGUGUUGUAA